CACUCAUCUGCAAACCGAUUGAUAAGUUAGGCUCAGCUCAGCUGAGUGCCUCAGUCUAGUAAUCUUGCUGUAAGAUCAAUCGAUACGACAAUCCGCCAUGAAGGUUGUGGCAGCUGACCAGACAAGGAGGAGCAGGAAGUACGCGCUCUUGCUGGCGGCGCGGGACUCCGAGUACGUGCUCAAGGCGUACGGUGGCUACUUCAACGUCUUCGUGAGUGCCUUCGGCUGCGGCUGCGAAGGUGACGCCGGCGAGGAGUCGUGGGACCUGUUCCGGGCGGUGGACGGGGAGCUCCCCACCGAAAAGGACCUCGAUGGAUACGACGGAUUCGUCAUCAGCGGCAGCCCCUACGACGCGUACGCCGACGAGAGGUGGAUCCUGCGGCUGUGCCUCCUCGUCCAGGACCUCGUCGUCGCCCGGAAGCGCCUCCUCGGCAUCUGCUUCGGCCACCAGGUGAUAUGCCGCGCCUUGGGCGGCCGCGUCGGGAAGGCCAGGGUCGGCGGCUGGGACAUCGGCAUCAGGGAGGUGACCAUGGCGGCGACGCUGCCGCCGUGCAGGUUCCUCGAAGCGCUGCAGGACCUGCCGCCCAACGCCAAGAUCACUGAGUGCCACCAGGACGAGGUCUGGGAGGCGCCGCUGGGCGCGGAGGUGCUGGCAUCCUCGGACAAGACCGGCGUGGAGAUGUUCUGCGUCGGCGACCACGUGCUUGGCAUCCAGGGCCACCCGGAGUACACCGCCGACAUACUCCUCAGCCUCGUUGACCGCCUCUCCUCCGCCCAGUCCAUCACGGUGUCGUUUGCCGAGGGCGUGAAGAGGCAGCUGGAGGCUACUGGCCCUGAUAGGGAGUUCUGGCUCACACUCUGCAAAAGCUUCCUCAAGACUCAAGAAUUACCCUGAUGCACUUACACGAUCAUCAUAAAUAAAACUCUUCUAGCAAUUGAGGCGGCAUGAUGUAUCCUGUUUAGUGUACAAUUUCGUCAUGGGAUUAGUUCAUGCUAAUCUGCGAAAUUGCAAUAAGCAUAGCUUGGUUGUCAGAUUAUGUGAGGAUUUACAAAUCGUUGUUGUUCCUUC